UGAUUUAAAUGGUAUUCAAAAACACGUUUUCUAAUGUCAUAURUGUUUAUAAAAACAUUUUAAACCAUUGCUUACGUUAUAUCAUAAUAUCAAUCAAGUGUUUGAAGAUUUUAUGAAAUGAUUGACAAAAUGAAGAAGAAGAAGGAAAAGACUGCCACAGAAUCUAAUGAUGACUCGAAACCAAUCAAAGUAAAGAAAUCAGACGUCGAAACCCAAAAAAUACAACAAUUGGUCUCAACUUACGAGUCGUACGAUUGGUCACAAUUUAAUGACUACCGCACUGUUCCCGUGUCCAACAAAACACGUGAAGGACUCGAUCAAAACGGAUUUACCGAACCCACAGAUAUCCAGAGACAGGCYAUCGGACCAGCGCUUAGAGGUAAAGAUGUGUUGGCCUCAGCCAAGACUGGUUCGGGCAAAACGCUGGCCUUUUUGGUGCCAAUCCUUGAAGUCCUUUACACGAAUAAGUGGACACAAAUGGACGGAAUCGGAGCACUUGUUAUAACACCGACACGAGAGCUCUCGUAUCAGAUUUUUGAAGUCCUGAGAAAAGUAGGCAAAUAUCACGACUUCUCUGCCGGACUUAUUAUCGGUGGUAAAGACUUAAAAUUUGAGAAGAAAAGGAUGGAUAAGUGUAAUGUUGUUAUCUGUACUCCGGGACGACUACUUCAACACAUGGAUGAGAACCCUAUCUUUAACUGCGAUAACCUGAAGAUAUUGGUCUUAGAUGAGGCCGACAGAUGUCUUGAUAUGGGUUUUGCACAGACUAUGAACGCUAUUAUUGAAAAUUUACCGCAAAAACGACAAACACUUUUGUUUUCGGCGACACAAACAAAAUCAGUGAAAGACUUGGCGCGACUCAGUCUUAAAGAUCCCGUAUAUGUUUGGGUUCACGAAAAGGCUGAACACUCGACACCCGAUACUUUGACACAGAAUUACAUUGUAUGCGAUUUAGAGGACAAACUGAAUAUGUUGUGGUCUUUCAUCAAAAACCAUAAAAAGCAAAAGACAUUAGUAUUUAUGUCGAGUUGUAAACAAGUGAAGUACUGUUACGAUCUGUUUUGUCGACUCAAACCCGGUGUAACACUUUUAGCACUUUAUGGUACUCUUCAUCAAAUGAGACGAAUGGCUAUUUACGAUGAGUUUUGUCGCAAACAAAAUGCUAUACUUUUUGCAACUGAUAUCGCCUCUCGAGGUCUCGACUUUCCCGCCAUUAAUUGGGUCUUACAGUUGGACUGUCCUGAAGAUGUUAAUACGUAUAUCCAUCGCGUCGGACGUACAGCUCGUUAUCAAAAAGGCGGCGAAUCUCUGCUUUGUUURUUACCAUCAGAAGACAAAUCAAUGAUAAGACAAUUGAUAGAAAAAAAGAUUCCGAUCGAUAAAAUAGAAGUAAAUCCUAAAAAACUAUUUUCAAUUCAAAGAAAAGCUGAGGCUCUUUGUGCCAGAGAUCAUACACUUAAGGAAACGGCUCAAAGAGCUUUCAAAUCAUACAUUAAAAACACAUUUAUGAUGAAAGACAAGACAGUGUUUGAUGUCAAACAACUCAAUUUAGAUCAGUUCGCCUUUUCUUUUGGAUUAGCUAUAACUCCAAGAGUUCGGUUUGUUGAGAAAGCUAUGAAACAAAAAAAUCUUUCAGAAAACMACAAAACUGUUGAAAACAAAACAACUGAUAAAAUUAAUUUUAAUGACUUGAAUAAUGAUGACGAAAGUGACGACGAAUUGUUUUCUGUGAAGAAGGUCUGGAGGUUUGAUUUGAAUGAAGACGGAGAACAACCUAAUAUUAAACCAAAAGAAAAAGAAAAGAAAGCGCUGACCAAAGCAGCGAUGGCCAAGAAGUUGUUGAAAAAGAAGUUUAAACCAAACACAAGAAUUAUUUUCAAUGAAGACGGAACUCCUGUUGAGGAUUUCCCAACACGACAAGUGUCUGAAAAAACUAAACAAUUAGAUGAGAAAAAUAUCAGUGGAAUUGAUAUAGAAUUGGCCAAAGAAAUUAUGAAAGAUGAAGAUGUAAUCGAUAAAAAAUUAUAUAAAGACUUAGUGAAGGUUAGACACAAAGAAAAGAAACAAAAACUAAAGGAUCAAAAGAGAAAGGAAAGGGAGUCUAAUGGAGGAACAGCUGUAUUGGCCACUGGGGAUAGCGGUGAUGAGUCAUAUAAUCAAUUGAAUCAACUAAUAGAUGCAUUGCCUGAUCCUGAGCUUUAUUAUAACAAUCAAUCGGAUAAUGAUAACACAAAUGAUGAAGAUGUUAGUGAUAAUGAUGAUGAAGAUUAUAGUGACAAUGAUGAGCACAAUGAAGAUAAGUCGGAAAGUGACCAAUCAUUUGAUAAUGAAUUUGAAGAGAAAAACAAUAAAGAGUUGAAUGAAAGUGUAAUUGAAGAUCAAAAUGAUAAUAAAAGAGAAGAAGUUAACAAAAAUAUAUUAAAACGAAAAUUAAAUAAACGAAUAGUUAAAAGCAAAAGACAAAAGUUAACAAAAGAUUUAGAUUUAAUGGAUUGCGAAACACUUGCCAUUCAUUUGUUAAAUAAAUGAUACAUUAAUUAUAUAGACAUUUAAAAUUAAAAUGUAAUUUAUUUUUAUCACUAAUUUUUAAAUAUUAAAAAAGUG